CAUGUUAUUUUAAUUUAUUUUUGUCAUAUGCAGCAUUAUUACCAGUUGGACAGUCAUCCAAAGUUAGUAGCUAUUUCGAUAGCUGAGAUGGCCGAGAAGUACAAAACACGAAAGAAUAUUAGAUUGCAACACUUCAGAGAAUAUUACAAAAACCCAGAAGACUUUGAAAAUGCAGUGAAGAACCCUCCCAAUGAACUUAAUGAAGACCAAUGGCGACUAAUAUGUGAAUUGUUCACAACUCCUGAUUUCAUUCAACGGUCGAAGCAAAACUCUAUCAAUCGACAGAAGAUGAAAUUCUCUUCAACAACAGGGUCGGUAACUAUGGCUGAGAUUCUUCGUCAAAAACAAGGAAAGGGUUACAUUGAGACUUGGAAAGAAUGUCAUACUAAGAAAGACACCAACACCUUCAUCAAUGAGGCUGCCAAAAAUAAAUAUGAAGAGAUGUUGACAACUCGAAAUAGUGCUCCUGAAUCUUCACAAGUUUCAGAACUUGAGAUUCUUCGGAAAACACUUGGAGAGAGGCGUGGCCAUCAACGAGGAGUGGGUCGCAAGUUGAAAGGCCAAUCAUCAGGACGACGCUCACAACCUGCAACUGCUGAUCAACCGGACUUACGGGAAACAGUUGUUGAGUUACAGAAACAAAUACAGACGUUGACUCAACAAAUGUCACGUGAACGUCGGGAACCAAUGGAUGUUGAGAUGAAUGAUGCAGCUCCAACCCAACCCAUACGUCCUCAACCGUCUCGCUCUCAAAUGGGUUUUAACCCAAUGGGUUUUCAGCAGCCGCAUCAGACUCCUACUUCGUUUCAGCAACUGCUACAACAGCCUCUGCUACAACAGCCUCUUGUUCCUUCGCCUGGAAUGUUAAGUCCUGAGCAAUUUCACAGUCAAAUGUACCAGUCAUACUUGCAGUUUGUGUUUCAGUCGCCAAACAAUUCGCAAGUAUUGUUGAAUAUGAUGACGCAGUCGCCUCAGACGUCUCAUGUGUCAGAGCCUCGGAUGCCACAAAUGUCACAGAUGCCGCAAAAUGUUCAGAUGUCGACACAAGGGCAGCAAUAUCAGAACACAUCGCAGACGAUGCCGACACAACCAUGGGAGCAGACAUCUCAAAUGAUGCCGACACAUCUAGGACAACAGACUUCUCAGAUGAUGCCGACACAACAAGGGCAGCAGACAUCUCAAAUGAUGCCGACACUACAUGGGCAGCAGACAUCUCACAUGAUGACCAGCUCGCAAAUGCCGCCAUACUACCCACAGAUGCCGGAUGUUCCUGGGUCGGAUGUUCCUCGAGAUGCUAGUGAUGAGGACGAUGCUACUACAAACUUCUUUUAGAAUAUCUAUUUUAAUUUUACGAACUAUCGGUCUAAUAUGUUUGUUAAUAUUUUAUGAACACUAAUUUAUAUUUAGG